AAAUGUGACUUACACAGUAAACUUGAAACUGAACUGAGCAAGAUGAAUAGUUGACGAUGAUGAUAACAAAUUGCUUAUUGCUAAUUUAUUUCCACGAGAUGAAUGCAGAAAAUACGUUAUUAAAUGUAAAUGUAACUUAGUAAUGAGGAUAUUCUACAAUUUGUUUAUCAAGAGUGCUGUUUGUGCACCACAACUUAAAACUCAGGGUGGUCAAAGAAAUGUAACAAAUGAUCAGUCCCAUAAUGGCUCAGACAUUAAUGCAGCAGCCACUGUAGCACAAACAAAGGGACAGGACACUAGUGAAAACCAAAUAGAUGGGACUGAAGGCAAGAAGAAAAAGAUCAAUCUUCACUCAGCUGUAUUAUCUUGCACAGCCAUGGGGUGUUUUGUGACACCUUUCACAAAGACAUUUCUGGUGCGGAUUGUGGAAAACAGAGUUCCAUUUGCACUUUCAUUUUACCUCCUAGGAACAAUAUUUUAUAUACAGUCCCUGUACAGCUACUUUGGAAUUAAACAUCCACCUCUUCGGCUUUUAUAUGAAGACCCUAAGGAAUAUAAUAGAAUGGACAAUGAGAAUAUUAAACUGUUGUGUAGUAAAGUUGGAUAUACCUUGAUAAGUUUAUAUCAAGGAAUAACUAAAAAGCAAGAAAAAUUAGAAAAUGAAUCCAAGAAGAAAUAAAGUGGUCUUUCAGAUG